AUGGAUAAGAAUGAAGAUUCUGCCAGCCCUGGAUGGAGAGAAUCCUUUUUCAUGCAGACAAGAAAAGAUGCUUCUACUGUUUCUUCACCACGCCCCUCCAUAAUGUUUUCACCCAAAGAUGAUACAGGUAGCCAACUUCAGAAGCUUAGACAGCAACUCUCUAGGGUAUUGAAAGGUUUUUCACCUCCACCUGAGGUUAAGAGUGGAGCUUACAAUCCAGAAGUACUCACUAGUCAAAAACGUCAAUGGGCACACCAAUUACAGGUAUCCUUACUCACCUGUUCAUUUCCUAUGCAUCCAUCCAUAUGCGCUGGUGAUAUUUUAGUUUAUCUGAUUAGGAAAAUGUGUUCCCUCGGCUCAAAUAUCCAAAAUUAACCGUCUGCGGAACCUUUUUUCACAUUUUCUUGACUAUCCAUCCCCCCCCUCCCCCCCUUCAUCCCCCAAAGCAAAGGAAAUAAACUCCAAAUAAUUCCAAAAAAAAAUCCAACUCUCCUUUCUUUGUUUGCUGUUUUCUAAACGUUGGAGAUAAAGCAUCUUCCAAGUUCAAAUUUCAAAUUUUCAAAUUUCAAAGAUGUUCGAAUAAUCGUGGAGAAUCUGUUUGCUGUUUUCUAAACGUUGGUCAGCAGUUUCAAAAUCAUCUACCGGUGUUUCUUGCUGGUUGUUGGCUGUGAUUUUUUUCACAACUUUUUAGUUUCAAUAAGUGAAGACAUGCACAGAUAAUUCCUUAUCUGUUAACUGCAUAUUUGACAGUUUUUAUUGAGCAGGAUCACAGAUCUGUGAGAGAACCACCUAGGCUAUUUGAGAGUAUGGUGGUGGUUGGACUCCAUCCUUCCUUUGACGUUCAAGUAUUUCAAAAGAAGUUACUGAUGAGAAAGUUCGAAAGUUCAAAAAAAAUGAAUGGUGCAUUUAAUCACCAAGAACGGGCUGAAACUCUAGGAAAUGUCGAACCUCAGGUAUUAUUAUUUUCUUUCUGGUCGGCAGGAUGAACUUAUUAUCCCGUUUGCAUAGUUCUCGCUUAUGGCUAUGCUCUGUUGUGCAUUUUAGUUUGAACUGAUGCACCUUUUCAAAGAAAGUUUGCAUUUUUUCCCCUCAAUGUCUUAAUAUCUUGAAUGGUGAAAGUUGUUUUGAUUUUGUGCUCUCAGGUUUUAUUUGUUUACCCCCCAGAGAAGCGGCUGCCUCUGAAGUACAAAGACCUUCUCUCUUUUUGCUUCCCUGGAGGCCUGGAGGUUGGGUUCCAAAUACAUUUCCAUUUUUUCUUUAUUGGAAGGUGACCAUGUGACCACAGAUCCUUUGAAAGUGACAGCUUAUCAAAUUCUUUCUAUUCGUUAGACAUUGCUGUGCCUAAUGGGUUAUGCUGUUCUAUUUUCUAUCGCCUGGACUUUUCUUUAGAUGGUGGAUGAAGAUGAAUGCUUUAGUUGACUACAUUCAUGAGUUACUGAAAACCUGUAUUUUUUUAUUGUGCUAGGCUCACGGUGUUGAAAGAACUCCUUCAAUGAGCGAGCUGAACGAGAUACUGCUUGGACAGGUUCAAAUUUAUUGUAUAUCUACCAUUCUUUCUAUAUUGAUAUGAUGCUUCGGAAUAUAAGUCUGAUCCUUGCAGAUAUUAACAUCGGUGAUUACAUCAGUUUCUAUUUUAUUCUUUUCUACAUCAUCCUUCUUUUACGUUGAUGUUAAUAGAGAUCAUAGUCAUCACUUCGUAUGGUAUAACUUGCUGUAAGAAAUCUCAUAUCCACAUUUGGAUAAAAGAAUCAACAUGUUCAAGGAAGGGUCCAAACUCUCACAGAACUGUAGCUUGAUCGCUCUUUCCCCAAGAUUAAAAUACAUUACCACUUACUGUCCUCUUUCCAUAACCCAUGGCUCAAGGGAUUACAUACUAACUCAUCUUAGGCAUGACGAAGGGUGCUAAUUGAGAACUUGUUUUCAUAAAUUAGAAAAUUAUUAUAAACCUUAGAUUGGGGAGCGUUGGAGCCAGCAAGCAAUGCCAGCUUAAAUUUUGCAUAGAACUUUGGCUUCCUUAAAUCUCAUUGAAUGUAUUUAUUUUUAUUGUAAAUACAUUCAGAUCAUAUGUAUCACCAAGUGAGAUACUGACUCUCUCUCUCUCCCCUCCAUAUAUAUAUACGUAUACAUAUACAUAUGCAUAUACAUAUGCACACGUACAUACGUAUGCAUGUGUAGAUACCCCCUUCUUCCUUCGCCCAAAAAUCCAAAUAUGUUCAGUCGAUGCCCUUCCUCUGUUUAUUCCCUAGUGGUAUGGAUCCUUCCUCUUUCUAUUUGUACAUGACCCACCCACACUUUGUGUGUUCCACUUCCCUCUGCGGUCAUCAGUAUGACCCCCACUACCCUAGCUACUUCCUCAAUAAGAGCCUGCUUAGUACAUCAUACUGCCAUGCCCUGGUUCCUUUUCUCCAUGGUAGUCCCCUGACUGCAACUCUCUCAGAUCCCUGGCCAGUCUAGGAACACUCCAUGUGGCUGUUUGAGUCAGGCCUGUCUAUACCUUGUUAAACAUAUUUGGACCUGGGUGAUGCAUAGCAGGUCUCUGGUCCAGGUCUGCACUACUAACACGUCUCCCUAUGCCAAAUCGAAAUGUUUUUUUUCUCUUUUCUUUAGCUAGUAUUUUUUUAGUUUAGUUUCAAUCUUGUAGAUCUGUUGAUGUGAUAUUUUUCUCCACUAACGUGAAGCAUUGAAUCAGAUGCUUCACUUCAUAAAACGUCAUUAACAAAUGCAAUGUUUUUCAUUUGCAGGAUCACCUAAAACAAAGUGAUUUAUCUUUUGUGUUUCGUCUGCAGGUAUUUUUAUUAAAUAAUUUGGCUUUCACCUUUCCAACAGGGUUUUUAUGUAUUUAAGAAAUUUUCAAUUUCUAAUCUUCUAUUCCAUGGAUGUAAAUGCAUGAGAUUUUUUCUGCUUUCUUUGUUAGCUAUCUGAUGUUAUAAUGCGUAAAUUUUAUUGGUUAUAUACCUGCAUGAUUUUGAAAGCCACUUAAAAUAUUCUAUCCAUCACCACUACUAGCAGUUCUAAUGGAUGGACGAGGACUUCCUGGCCUCAUUGCUGGGCGGAUGCCCCCAGGAGUUCAGUUGCAUCUUGAGAACAAAAGUACAUUUUGUUUUCUGUUGAUUUUUUCUGUAAUGGGUAGAAAAACAUGAAUGGCGAAUUUGAUCUGGCACAUCUGCAGGGCACAAGUAGAACACGGUGCUAUUCUGCAUGUGCCUCAAGACUAAAUGUCAGAUGUAUUAUGUUAGUGGGCACGGUAGAAAAUUUUGGAUUUUGAAUGAGCUCUGUUAUAUAUAAUUCACAUUAGGAACUGUUUUAGAAAAAAAUAUGGGAGAUAAUAUUGUGUCAUGAGAUAAUGUGCGUCAUGAUGUUUUCUGGGAUCAUAUACCGAGUAAAAGCCUGAGGACAGAACCUGGAACUCUCCAAAAAGUGUUUAAACAUGUUCAGUUAAGCAUUGACAGCUAGGAAAGAUAAAUUGUUGCGAGAAAAGAGAGGAUUCUCUCUCUGAGAUAAGACUACAGGCAUUUUCCCGUGGUAGCUGUUUGUUUUUUGGUGGAAUGUCGGCCAAUCAUGGUUCCACAGAAGACUAAGAUAUUCCUUUAGAAAGUUGUGGUUAAUAAUCUGAAAGCAUACGACAGAUCUAGGAGCUGGUGGGUACCCGUUAGGUGUGUCUGAGUGAUUUGUGGUAUGUUACCAAAAUUCAUGAGUCACCUUUAUAUUAUUAGCAUUUACUGUGAUGGAGUUCUAUUACCUUCUGCCUUCUUUCAGUUGCUCGAUGACUGAGUCGAUCUCUUCUUCUGAAUUCAAACCGGGACUUAUCUGUCAAAGACUGGAAAAUUUUUGCUCGUUGGUGUGUUGUGGGCAAUCUGGAGUUCAAGAAAUGUAAGGUCGUCAAAACAUGAACUAACUUCAAUUUAUGGUAUCCUGAGAUAGGCACUUGAGCCUCAAGAAGAUUGCCUUAUGGUCAACCUUGUUUGGAAGAUUUCAAGAUGUUAAUAAUGUUGCUGGAGAUGAUGACCCUCAAUUCGAACUGAGGUUCCGCUUAUGUGCCGAGGCUAUCAUUAAUGCACCUUAAGUUGGAUAACGAUCUUUCUUUCUCAGAUUAUUAAUGAACUUCAUUCAGUAGUCAGUGAUGAUAUGCAAAUGAUCUCAAUCACAGAAACUCUUAGAAUUUGAAAGAAAAAUGUAAUGCCUUGUGGAAAAAUGACAGUGAUCGCUUUCUUACCUUUUUCUUGAAUCUAUAUCGUGAUAAGAACUAUAUUAGGGGAAAGAAUGAACGGAUAGUACUGAGAAAUUGUCCUAUGUGUUAAUUGGCUUCUAUCAAGACAGAUGGAGAAGUACGUACUGGAGAGUACAUUUUCUUUUUUUUUUCUUUGAAAAAAAGAAAGUAUGAUGAUGGAGCCUUUCAGUUAUUUAGUGGGGACAUGAAGAUUGGUUCUCAAAAAUUGGAUGGAUAAUUCUUCCCUUUUGUUACCUCAUCUUUUGGAUGUAACGUCAAUUCUAUGAUUAUCUUGACAGCUUUUCUCAGAUGUUUUUGACGAGAUGUAUGUUCACGGUGAUCAUUAAGUCCUAAUCAGCCCUGUGACCUACUUUGGGCGAUCUAUUAUUAUAACCAUGCUUGAUAUUUAGACGUACUAUAAGUGUAUCUUCUUGUUCUAAAUCAAUACUGACACCACAUAAAAUAUUUUCUACUGUAAAUUUUCGCAUUUUUUCAGGUGGCAGAUGAUUCAACAUUGUAUGGAUGCUGUGUUUUAGUUGAAGAAAUUGUACAAAAGCCUCCUGCAUUACUUUCCAUUCUUUCAGAAGAGCAGCCUGUUCUGUCAUCCUUAACUCGGCAUAUUAUUACUGCACCUCGCUGCUACUGUAUUCUAUCAAGGCUUCCAUUCUUUGAUUUGCACUUCGGCGUUCUUAAAAGGUUUUUAUUAUUAUUAUUAUUAUUUAUCUUAGCGGUCACUGUUCAUAUGACAUUCAUCACCGUACGAUCAGAGAAUUUCAUGUAAAUGAUUCCCGGAAUGAUUUGUUGUUUGUGAGAUUACUGAUUUAGUUUUGGCGGACAUAGUAACCACUGAAUUUCAAAGUGGGAAAAAUUCUAGUGUUAUAUCUAAAGUUGAUAUCCAGUGAUUUCAGGGUGAACUGGGAUUGUUAUCUCAAUAGCUUUGGUAUUUAUUAAUUAGAAAUACUUAAUAUUGAACUUUCAUACUAGUCUGUGGAUUUUAAUUGUCUACACACUGCUUAGUAUUGCCUUUUUAGGAGAAAGAGCACCAUAUACAGUGUCUGGAUGGGUGAAUCGUGGAAGCAAGUAAUAGUAGUCAGGCUAGUGGGUAACAUUUAUUGUUCAUUGUUUUAUUGGUACUUCUCCUUUGUUUUUCUUUGACUUUGUAUCUGAUUUCUCAUAUAUGGGAGGUUUUGUCCAUGUUUGUUGAGAUCUCCUGUCUAUGCUUUGUAAUUUUAGUUCCUCAAAGUUUCACUUUGUCUGAUUUAACGCUAUGAUUUGUCUGUUUAAAUUUGUCUGAUCUUACCAUAUUAUUACUUCAAGAUUUGUCUCAAUGUUACUUUACAAGUUUUUACUUUGCUUUCUUCAUUCUGAAUUGUGCUAUAUGCAUAUCAUGCUUCUGAAGGCAUUUCACCAAUGUACAUCAUGUUUCUAUAAGUACUUAGAUUCUUCUGCUAUAUUCGCAUUAUGUUUGCCGAUUUGUGCAUAAUAGAGUAAUAAUACCAAAAAAAUGAUUCCCACAUAAAUUUCAUCUCCGUUAAUAGAUAUUUUAUCAUUGUGUAUUCUGCCGUAUUUAUUGAUAAAAUAUUUAUCUUCGCGAGGUUGUCUCUAUUUAUCUAGUUAUGCAUCCAUUUCAUCAGUCAAUAUUUUAUCAUCAAUAAAUAGCAUACAUCAUGUCUGUCCCUCUAUCGUAUCUCUUUCUCUUGUAGCUCUGUCAAAAAUGAUGAGUCGGAGACAUUGGCAAAAAACAAGUUUUGCAGAAACUAUUGGUUGUGAAAAUUUCCUUGAUCUUCUUGUGUACAGUUCUCUUAUUUAGUUAGCUCGCUUGUUCAUAUGUCCUUUAGGAUACCAUUGUUAAACAACUAGAUGAAAUCAUUAACCAUAAAUUUUUAAUAUUUAGUUGUUUUGUAGACACUUUAUGGCAUCAUCCUGUUUUCUUAGAUCAUUGAUGUUGCAUUGAUGUUGUCCUAUAACGGUUAACAUAAUAUACACCCGAUUAGAUGGCUUGAUAACAAUCGCAACUCAGACCAUUCCUCACACUUCUUCAAUUCGCAUAGUAUCAUUGUUUUCAGGUUGAUCCUGAAGUGACAAGGCACUUUUUAGAGUAAAGGACUUGUGCACCUUGGUGAGUUAAACUGUUAGGUGAAACAAUGGAUGUGUUUUUUUGGUCGCUUUUGGCACCUUGUUUAGCAAAGUCGUAAACAACUAAUUUUGAUGAAAAUGUUCUUCUCUUGGACGUUCUUUGUCACCAAACAUCAUAACAAACUGAGACGAUUAGAAAAACACUAAAUAGAUGUCUAUCCAUCUGCUCAUUGUAUAGCAGUCUAAUCAAAGUAUGUAUUUCUUGGACUAAGUCCCCAAAUUAAGCCAUACUCGUGCCUUAGUAUGUACAAUGUUGCUGAAUCCCUGUCACAGUCAAGAAGUUUCUUAGUUUGUGUGGCUUUUAGAUGGAUUCAUUUUGAUGUUAGACAUGGCUUCUUUGUUCGUAUUCACUGGCUCAAAGAAUGUCAAAGAAUCCUGUGUCCCCAAAUUUUUAAUAUAUUUUGGUCUUUAUUUAAGCUUGACUUUGGAUUUAAUUUACAGGGCACAUCUAGAUGAAAGUAAUUUCUUAAUUCGUUUGAGAAUAUAAAAUGAUUACUUUGUUUAAUUUUUGUGUAGCAUAUUUGCUGAAGAAAGAUUACGUCGUCUGACUAAAGGCAUCGACAUGUUGAAUUUGGUUCCAUCAGAAAACUACGUGGAAGAUGAUAUCAAUGGAACAUCUGAUAGUAGUGAAAACAAGGAUUCUGUUAGUGACGCUUCCAUAUUUUCUUCUGUUUCCCCUGGGAGGACUUCAAAUAAUGGUGCCCAAGUGGAAAACCAGGUGCCUGAAGGGGAUGAAACCAAAGAUUGCACGACUUUUCAAGUCAAGUCCGAAGAUGGACAUGCUACAGGAAAAGAACCAGUGAUGGCCUCUCAGGAUCUUUGCAGCCCCUCUUUGGAUGAAGUAUCAAGAAAUAAGACAACGGACUCACUAUUUCCAGAAGCUAUUUUGUCACUCCUGCAAUAUUAUCAGCUUGAGAGGUCCAAAUCCUUCACCAGGUUGAUCUCUAUUUAUUUGCGAUGUUCCUCAUGAUAGUUAGAUCAGUUGCCCUAUCAAUAUUGUUUCUAUAAAUGUGCAAUGGCAAGACAGCCACAUAUUGUGGCCAAAUCUGUUGCAUUAGCUUGCUUUUUAUCAGCUUUGUUAAAAUAUAAUUUCUGACAUGCUUGUGGUCAAAUCUAUCUGGUGUAAUUCCUGGUUCCUCGGAAAUGAAAACUACUUACUGAGAAUUACGGGACGGUGAUUCUGAACCGAAGAAGGUAUGCAGCAACCGAUGGCUUUUCUGAAGGUUAUCUCGGUUCCUCCCAAAAAAUGAAACAAUUGUAGGAAAAAGCUGUACAACACCCCUAAUGUUAGGCGAUUAAUAUUUAACUCGAACGUUUUAGGUUAUAUGGGAGAGUGAAUACAAGGAUUGAUUUGUGAUAGUAAUCAUUAUCCUGUCAUGUAACUCAAUCCGCAUGUUCGUCAUUAUGAUUCCUGACCAUCCAGUCAGGAUUUCUAAAGUGCAGGCUUUAUUUGUCGCGAAUUAUUGCAAAUUGGCAUCAAGAGCAUUCUAAAGUUUAAUGUGCUGAAAUUUAUCUUUACAUACUUCAAACAAACGAUGAGAGUAGGAAAAAUGUUUUCAGAACUAGUUAAUGGGCAAUGGGCUCCUAUGAAUGGCUCCUAUGAAGCUUUCCUCCUAUUCCUUGUUUUUCUGGGAGUCAUUUCCUGCUGGAUUAUUUGGUGUGCAUAAAAGCUUAUAGAGCGCUGCUAUCAGGCAGUGCUAGACUGGAACAAUAGCCACAUCCUUGGGUUCUACAUUGUAUCUUAUGAGAACAAUAGAAUGGAGGGAUUUAUGAGAAAAGAACGUUGGGAGAUUUUAAUCGAUUUUUUUUUUGGUAACUCUGAAAACAUAUGCAUAUUUUGAUAGGGGAGUUUUUGGUUUUCUCAGACUAAAGGAAUAGUUAAAAUACACAUGGCUACACUCUUAAAAUUUCACUGCCACAUGCAAAACAUUCAAAUGACUUACGAUUGGUAAAUCUUGUUAUACUUAUCGUAGCUCUAUUUCAUGCGAUUUGUUGUCUAGGCGUGUACGCAUGUUGUCUUCUAGUUUUUAUGAUCCUGUCAAUGUUUGUAGUUUUGCUUCAAAUCUGUGUCUGCCAACUUGAAUUAUUUGGAGACUAAGCUAGCCCUAAUUGGUAAUCGUAUUUUUGGUAGCAGGAUGGUAUACCUGGUAUCUUGAUGCUUUCAGAAAGGUGGGUAAAAUAAAAUGAUCGUGCUAGAUCCCGAGAACUAACAUUGACUGGACAUAUAAGUGUCAUUGUAUUUUCUCUACUUCUUUGUAGAAGUACUAAAUUAGGUUUCUCAGGAACAUCUUGUAGGCUUGCCAAUAUAUAUCCCGAAUCGUCCUUUCUCUGCACCGUGUGACUGUAUGGAAUUUUUUUCACAAUCAUUUCUACUUUUACAUUUUUUUCAUUUCUUGGUUUGCCUUCUUUUUAUCACCAAACGGUCUUCAGUUUACACUCAUAUCGUAGUUUUCUGCUGCACCAAUUUUUCUAGUAUUGUAAUGGAUAAAUUAUGCGAUGUGAUUAAAGUGGAAGAUUCGAGAAAAGACAAGUUUUAAUCUGCAAGGAGUAUUGUUUGCACUCAUAACUUUAAUAAUAGUGCAGCCCUUGGGAACAUGAUAAAGAUAAAUCAAAGGAAAAGGAAGUUUGGGAAGUUGACUAUCGUGAAGCAGUCAUGGUUGCCAAUAGUAACAAUGAAUAGUUCAUUUCUUGCCAACUGUUUAAGCUGUAGAUAAAAACAAGUUCUACAAAUCUAAGCGAUCUCUUGACCGAGACCGUAGAAAAGAUAUGUUUUCCAGAGCACAUUUAUCCAGCUGAAUCCUAUUUAUUCUCAUUACCGGUUUUGGGAAAAUAUGUAUGAAUCCACCAAAAAGGUCUGUAUUUCAGAUUCUUGUAGAGGCUACACCAGCAGGGAAAGGGAAAAAGUGUAUAGUGGACUAGGUAGAUUAUGUAGAACCUUUGGUAGAAUUAACUUGGACUCUGUUAGCUGGGCAUUUUCUUCAAGGUAUUUAAGAAAGAACGGAAUUAUGAUCAUGAAUUGUACUUCUCUGUCUUGGCCUUUUUUCUUUCUUUCUGUUUGGAGUACACAGGGAAAAAAAGAAAGUGUGAUCAAUCAUAUAUGUGGGCAAUUGCUUAAUUAAAAAAAAUAUUUUCACGAGGUUGUGACUCACCGCACCUAAAUAAUUAUUCAACGGUCAUAUAUACCCAAGAAACAUGUUUUUCCACAAUGUAGACUCUAUCCCGAUCCCCAAAAUCUGACGUUGGUCAUAAAUAAGACUUUACCAACCAGUUAUUUUAAGCCUUAGGCAGGGGCAAGGUGGAAAGUGAGCAAUGUUUUUAGUAUAUGAGACAUGCAGAAGAGAGAGGGUGCCACAUAUGGCUGGUAGAGUGCCAUUCAAUCUCAAUUUUGUUUUGGUUCGUUCAUGCUUUACCCCCAUUUUCAGUGUAAAGAUGUAGGUGCGUGAAAUCAACGGGAAGAUCAACAAAGGAUGUAAUCUCACCAGCAUCAUCUAUUAUAACUUGACACUCAUACCUCUGUGAUAGAAUGAGAAACAACUCACAAUUUGUAGCUGACCUUUGUGUCGGAUAUUAAAAAAACAGAAGGUUGUUGAGUUGCCACAAGUUACAACAUCGUUUAAAUCGUGACAUGCGACCAAAACUAGUUGUUAAAAUUACGGACCGAUGUUGAAGGGACGAUUGGCAAAACCCCAUUUCAGUAUUACCAGCAAAUUAUAUGUUAAACUUUUUUAGUGAUUUCUCAGUUUACGUGGUACAUCUGCCAACUUUACAGAUGACACUUAUAUUGCAGUUUGUCGGAUUGUCCCUGUGAAGAUGGAAGUUCGAGUGACGUCCACGUGGAGCUCGAGAAGCCUUCUUCCUUUGGCCAUGGAGAUUCUAAUGUUCAUAAUGACAUUCUUGGAUGGGCUAAGGUUUGGAUCUUUCUUGCGUAGCCAUGCAAAAUACAUUCCCUUUUAUCUCUGGGAACUUUGAUUCACCAUCAAAUAGCAUAGAGGAUGCCUAUCUUAUCUAUAAUUGGUGUGGUGAUCCUUUUCAGACAAACGGUCAUGGAGCUCUGCAGAUAAUCUCGGCAUACUAUCAGUUACAUUGCCCUGUUAGAGGUUCAACACUCCGUUUCCACCCUUUGGAACACCUGCAUCCUCUGGAAUAUCAAAGGCCUGGAGAAACGGUACUGCAGGUUGCUGGUGCGACAAUUGACAUUAGAUCUUGCGUCACUAGCUUAGAAUUAGCCGAGGUACAAGAGCAAUGUCAGCCUGUAACUUUCAGACGUUAUUGAACGUAUUAUGUUAGUCUUCUGAUUACAGAUGUCACUUUGUUAGGCACAUAAUGCACUAUUAGCAGAAGAAGAGGCUACUGCUUUGUCUGUAUGGACUGUUGCAUGCAUAUGUGCCAACUUACGGCUUGAAAAUGUAAGCGUUCGAUGACGUAAAUAUUUGACCUGGUUAAAAUGAUACAACUGUUGUAUACAUCAGAACGUCUUUCUUCUGAUGUCUAUCUCCGUAGCAGAUUUUUACUGAUGAGCUUCUAUCGGAAAUAAACCCCUAAAAUAUUUAUUUCCACUCCGUAUCCAACAGGCAUUCUUGCUAUGUGGCCAUUGUGCAGUGCUAAAUUAAAUAUUUAUAUAAUUUUCAGGUCUUGAUGAUGUUUGCUGGUGCACUUUUGGAGAAACAGAUUGUUGUAGUCUGCUCAAAUUUGGUACAAAAUAUUCCACGCUCUUUUUAUUCCUUAUUUUGUUCAGUAUGUUCUUUCACAUUAAUGGUCUAGUGGAAACAUAACUUUUCUAAUUCCCUUUUUGAAUCCGUUGCUUGAUGAGUUGUUGCUUAAGGAUAUUUUAGGGGAGAUUACUUUUAGUUAUUUUUUUUCUUUUUUCGGUAUCGUGAUGGGACCACAGUUGACAGAUGAAUAAAACUAACUUUAGUCUGUGUUCGUCUUAUACUCCACACUGUGUAGGAAAUAAUAACCGGCAAACAAAUCAACGUAUCAAUAAUUUAAAUUUGAGGAAUAAUCUAGCAAGAUUGGUGUGUUGUAUGCAAUGAAAUGAGAUCGAAUCAAUUGCUUGGAUAUUAUUCACUUUUUCAUGUUUUGAUACUCCAGAUAAGAAUGUUGUAUUAUCAAUUGCUUUUCUUGAUGAUUUUACACGGUUUCUGUUUACCCCCUUAAAGCUUCAACUGAUUCUUUAUAUCUAAAUGGUUCACAGAAUAGCUUAGAGAAUAGUAUUCGUUCUAAUGGCUGAAAUCUCCUUCAAAUGUUUCUUAACAUGUCGCCGGAUCAUCUUUUAAAUGUAUCGAGUCCUCUUGAGUACGAUGCUUUUGCUUAGUUUUGAUUACAGGAUGCCCAUAGACUUGUCUCCUGGUGUAUGUCUCAAUGGACAGGCCCGUCUCAGGAAAAACCAAAGCCCACAAAAAGCCAAAAGUUAUGGCGAGGAUUUGUAUAAAAUUCCUCAUUGGGGCUCCCAGAAUUUACAGGAUCAACAUAUACAUGCAAUCUCAGACUCAUCUGGGCAUCAAUGGAACUUGUUUCCAGAGAUCAGCAUGUGCAAUCUCCUCCUGAUCCAUGCAAGACCGUUGAUCGAACUCCAUAUCUUUUAUAAGUGUUGAUUGUAAGGAUAUCUACCACCGUGAGUGAAGAAUUUUUGGCACAGACCUUUCAGUAAAGUUGCUGACAUGUUACCAUAUCUACAUCCUAACCGAGGUGAGUGUAAUUUUUUCUUUCAAAAAGAGAUCCAUAUCAACACAAAAGAUCUAUAAAUAUUCAUACUGAAGCAACAAGAGCCCAUGAUCAUAAGAGAAGAUACACAGUCUUGGGCUUUGAGGAAUCUAGUUACUAGAGGAAUUUGGAUGGGAUAUCAGAUCAGUGGCUUUAGUUCCUAGUACGACACAAAUUGGUCAGUCAAAUUGUCUGAUCCUAGAUUAUAAUAAGGUACGAUUUGUUGUAAAUGUGAAAAAGGAAAGAAGAUGUUCUGACUGCCUUUUGACACAAGAAGAACAUAAAGGGAUCACUUUUCCCCCUAUCACCACCCUACCAACUGAAGGAUGGGUGUACUUUUCCAAUGAUGUUAAUCAAUUUUUUUCCUGCCAAAAGUUUUUUCUAUGUUAUAACGUAAUGUUUUGUUGAGAGGCUUAUUAUUCAUUGCGAGGGCAUCAAUAAGCGGUCUGAUAUUUUUCUGAUUUCUCAGUCCGUCACUUUAAUGCAAUUCGAAAGCAUUUCCCUGCUCAAUCAAUUUCUGAUCUCUAAUUUGUUUGACAGGGAAUAUUGUCUGCAGUGGUUUUAUCAGUAGUUUCCCUGAUCCGUCCAUAUCAAUGGCAGAGUCUAUUAAUGCCAGUACGUCUGUCUAAGUUAACCUUUUAUUUGCCGGUGAAGAUCUUUCAGUCUGAAGUUGUAAAUCCUAUGCGUUCAUUUAUAUCACUUAAAUUUCCAGGUAUUACCAAACGGCAUGCUAGAUUUUUUGGAUGCGCCAGUUCCUUAUAUAGUGAGUUAUCCCUCUGCCACAGUAUUUCUUCAUUGAGUGUCUGAAAAAACAUCUCUUUUGGCUUGAAAAAGGUUCUUGAUUGUGGAAAUCUGAGAUAUUGCACAGUAUGAUCACCGUUCUCUCAUAUUUACAUGUAGAGAGAAGAAGGGCCUAGUGACCAUUGGAGCUGACACCUAACACCACCAUCAACACAUAUCUAACUUUCCUUCCACAGGAAAUUGUGAUUACUUAUUUAUGUGAAAUAGAAAGCGCAUUGACUAGUUAUAGCAAAUCGCAUUGUUUCACCCUCACCCUAAAAUGCAUUUGUCCAUGCCCAAAAAAUGUGGAUUACUAUGAUUUCCAAUAGUAAAUAAUGUCUCCUCCAAAAUUGGUGAACACAGAAGUGUCAACAGCUACUUUAUUCAAUAACGUACUUGUCUUAUGAGACUAAUGAUACAUUCACGGUAGAAUAUGUUUCUUUCCUGCAAGAGAAUAAGCUUUAAUUUCGUCAAUGUCUUAAUUCGCGAAGGUCGUAUACUUUAUUAAAAUGUGAUAAAUUCGAAGCAAUCUUUUAUAGUAUUUAGAACAAAUUAGUUUACGUGAAUUUCUUAAAAGUUAUGGAUAAACACUUCUAAAAGUUUCUCGGAAUUGCAAGAUUGCCAGCGACGCCUGGAAGAAAGAACAUAGAGCUAAAUUGCUAUAGAAACUAGUUCUUCACAAGGGCAUUAUCCAGUUAGGUACUCUGCUAAAUUCUCAGCCUAUUCUAGAAGUUCUCAUCAAUAGAUUGCUCUAAUCAAAGCGUGCGUCAAUAGAUGCAAAGUUUCGUAUCUGGAUCACACUUCCGUUGAUUGCUUUCCAAUAAAUUUUGCAAUCUCUCUUCGUGGUACAACUUUAGGAGAAAAAUAUUUAUAUUUGGUUUCACUUUUAUUUUAUGUGCUGUUGAAAACUGUUCUUUGGCCUUUAUAGGUUGGGAUUAAGAACCGAACUUCUGAAGUCCAGUCAAAAUUGUCCAAUGUCAUUCUGAUUGAUGCUAACAAGAAUCAGGUAGAUGUCACAUUCUAGAACGAGCUAUAUUUAUUUUAUUGAGUUGUCGCAAUUGUACUAAUGCAGUGGGACUGUAAUAGCGUGUUUGUGAUUUAUUUCAUACUUAGGGUUGAAGUAUAAUGAGACAGAUGCUCUUAAACUUACAAUUUUUAUUGUGCAUUAUUUUUUUCAAUGAAGUAGAGGUUUAGAAGAUUAUCUGCGCAAAUAGCACCAGCUGUACUCGGGAUAUUAAGUGACAGUGGCAGUGGAAUCAGCUGCAGAGCAGAGAGUAGAGUAAAUGGCCGAAGGUUGCUGUCUCCUUCCACUCAGUCGCGAGUAAUGCACAGUAGCAGUACUGCACAAGACAUUACCCUGCUGGUUGUGGAGAAAACAUAAAUCUGUUGAAAUUUAUUGUGAUAACGCUAACUAGCUCUGCCACUUGCUUGGUCACUGAAGAAAAUCUCGAAGAGGGAGAGAGUAUUCCACCUGGAAACCCUAGGUGAGCAACAGUGGAGAGGAUGAACUCCGAAACCCUAGGUAUUGGACGACGGAGAGAAUAAUCUUCUCCCACCUGUCCACACCCCAGGGUGGGAAUAUAUUAAUGUUUGGAACAGUGAAAAGUUAAUGGACUCAAGUAGGUCUAGUGAGCCCAUGUGAGCCAGACAAGAGACAGAACUAUUCUUCAACAGUCACUAAUGAGCUGUGUUUGUCUAGCACCUAUUUUUCAAUGCCCUAUCCUUGCCAUAUGGAAAAAGGCAGACUAAGAAGGGUUAUGGGAGCGGGUUCUCUAUGUCAAUAAACUAAAGUCCUGUAUUGGCAAAUUUACUUUCUACAAUGUACUCAAUGAAAUACCUUGGUCAAGAAACUAUUAUUUUCUAGUAAGUGCCACUUUGUAUCAUUGAUCUUGCCAUAUUUUCUUUUUUUGCUUUUUGACUUCAUGCCUUAGUGGUUAAUAAACAGUGCAGGGAUAUGCUAAAGUUGUCGCUGCAUGCAGUUUUUCAUUUGGUUCAUACAUGACAGUUGCAACUUUUCUAUGCUUGUAAAGUGGUUUUACCCAUGUUUCUUUAUGUUUGUUCCAAACUGGAACAUAACUAGAGUUUUCCUGUCCUUGGACAAAUAGGUCAAAUCACAUUCAAUGCCACACUUGCCUGGACAGAAAGAUUUGUUAUCUUCUCUAAGUCCGUACCAUGCAAAGCUUGUAGGGGAAAGUUAUCUGGCGAGUAAGAGGCCUGUUUAUGAGUGCACUGAUGUACAGGUAUUUCCUAAUGGUUACAGUUUGUGUUAUGCUUUUGGCAAUAAGUGAGUACCACAGUCUGUUAUUUUAUCCUCAUUUAGUAUACGCUUAAGAGUGCUUGGACUAGGUAUGAUUUAGAAGGAAACUUGGUGGUAAAAUAUAUCCAUGAUGGUAACCGCGAGCGUCUUGAUUAAUUAUUUAUGGCGUCAUAUUAUUUUCUCUUUUUUCCUUUCUGGUUAUAAAGUUUGCAAAAUCACGUGCUUCAAUGAGUUCUAGUUACAAAAACUAUUGAGCCCAAAAUCUCAUAAGUAAAUUUGAUGGAGAAAUCAUCAAUUUAAAAGUUUAUUUCUAAUCAUUUAUUUUGUCAGCAAUUUAAGGAGCCCAACCCCACCCUAACUCUCUGUGUCCAAUGCGUCAAAUUGUUCUGACUGGCGAUAGCAAUAUAUUUUUUGCAAAUUUCUGGCGGUAAAGAGAGUACUCUAAUUGACACAUCAAGCUCUCUCCGCAUCGAUGAUAAGCUACUCGCGGAAAUUUUGUGAUAAUGUGCCGCAGACCUUAUAUUUUGUGUAUAUGAUGCAAUUCUUCUUCGAAUUUGAGUAAAGCUGUUUCCUUUUAUAUUGGAAAAUUUUCACAUGUUAUGCAUGCCAGGAGAAUUUAGAUUUAUAGUCGCUGUGCUCAGAGGAAGCCAGGUAAAAGGGUUGCCCUACCAAUGAUUUGUUGGUAAUAGCAUAGCCUUGCAAUCGUUUGAUUUAUAUGACAGCACCUUCAUCUUUGCACAGGUUGAAGCAGCUAAGGGUUUCCUGGCUGUUCUGAGAUCUUAUCUGGAUUCUCUUUGCUCGAACUUAAGAUCUCACACAAUCACAAAUGUGCAAUCUAACGAUGACAAGGUUUGUGCCCUCCAUUUACGUUCAUCAACAUUAUUAUCUCAUGGUUGUUGAAUGAUAGAUCAUUAAAAGCUCUAUUAAUUCCGUAAAUUGUUAUCGUAUACGAAACUGUUCACUUUUAUUUUUUUUAUUUUUUUUAGUACGUCAAUACUUGGGAAUACGAUCAUUUUAUUUCAUAAUGUGACCACUUUAAAACAUGCUUCUAGUUUUCGCACUUCCAAGGGUACUUCCUAAUUAUUUGCACAGUGGACUGAUGCAUCUGGAAAGGGAUAGCUGUUGCCAAUAUUAGCUUAGCUGCCUUUGUGGACUGGCAAGAACUUCGAACUGGUUCCAAUUCUUGAGGCAAGAAUUCCUUGUUAGCACAGAUGCCGUGUCUGUCCGGUUUGCUCGAUUCCCAUCUGAUCCGCUGGCCUACGAUACUCCAUACAUUCGAUGGCUCCCUUCUCUUUUCCAGUUCCGAAUAAUUUACCUUGGCAUGCAGCUGAUGGCACAUAUGUCGAUGGGUAUUAGCUGCUGUGCGGUGUGAGUUCCUGCAAUUACUCUUAUUUCAUUGCGCGAACUAAUUGUCACUGUCCCAUGAUCAAGUUCAUGCUUUCUUCUUCCGGAAUCCUCUCCUGUUUUUUCUCCAAGUAUAUAUGUAAUCAUUCUACUCAACAAACCGGAUAUACUUGUCUAAAGAAUUGGAUGAUGCAAUAGAUUUUGCAUCUAUGCCAUGAAAUCUUCCAAAUUUUUUUAGGAAUUUUUACCCUCGUACGCAGGUCUACAGACAUCUGUUCGCCCUAAGAAUUGAGAUAUUGGAAGUUCUGAGAAUCAUGUAGAUUACUAAAGUCAUGUUUAUUUUAUAUAUAUAAAAAAAAAAGUCUAUCCAUCAGAGUGAUGCUGACCCUGUUCAGAACAUGGAGAGGAACGAAGGGAUCUUGAACAAAGAGCAUUGAGAUGAACACUUUUUAGCAUAACUUGAUGGACUACACAUCUAUCAGUUCUUAAACAUGUUCAUGGUUUGAUGAAGAAAUUAAAAGUAACCAUCGUUCCUCCCCCUCCUUUAACUCUCUCAUCCUCGAUUUCUGGUUUACAAACCCGCCCUUUGGCCAUGAAGGUUUUCAUGAAUCAAGAUCUGGGGCAGAUUGAGAAGAGGAAAUACUUACUACCCAAUUCGUGUAAUGCCCAGUGCUGACCUUAAUUUAGCUCAUUUAUUGAGCUAUCCCUAGCUUCUUCAGUCAACUCUUGGCUAUGCGCUGUGGUUCAACGUUUUCUAGACAUGGCUCGUCUUCUCUGAAUGCAUGUUCUGAGAUGUGCGUUGAAAAGGCCGCAGACCAUGAGACUUGUGUGAUCCCUGAUCUCUUGAUGUCAUGCUUCGUUCAGGUCUCUCUACUUUUAAAGGAGAGUUUCAUCGACUCUUUUCCAGCUCGUGAUCAGCCAUUCAUGAAGGUACGCCUGAAACACACUUACCCACACUCUGUUCCUCUGUUUUUUCGAAAUUCAUUAUUAUUAUUAUUAUUAUUAUUAUUAUUAUUAUUAUUAUUAUUAUUAUUAUUACGACUACUCGUGAAGAUUUAAUGGGAAUCUUAUUCCCAAACCCAAAUCUUCAAAAAAAAAAGAAAAAAAAAGAAAACGGGUUGCAUUAUCUCUUCAUAAGCUUGGGAAAUAGAUGAACAAGCACCGGUUUUUCAAGGAUGUUGAAGCAUCAAACAAAAUAAGCAAGAUUUAUGUAGAUAAAUGAUGAACUGAAUAGAUGAACAAGCGCCUGCUUUUGAAGGAUGUUGAAUCAUCAAACAGAAUAAGGAAGAUUUAUUUUUUAUUUUAUUUUUCAAAAUCCUUCGCUGGAUUUCUUCGUUUGAGCUGUACAUGGUCUGCUGUGAAGAACAAUCAGUCUCACGAUCGAGUGGCGUGAGUAGAGCCUGAUCCCCUGUUCUUUGUUGUUGUUCUUCUUCUUCUUCUUCACGAGGGAGCAGCUAUUCGUGGACACCCAGCUCUUCUCUGUACAUACCGACUUCGUUCUCUCCUUCUAUCAAAAGGACUAG